UCGCGGUCGACAAAGUCCACAUUAUUCUGAAUACUCGAAUCAGAACCAGGUCGAUAUGUCGUUUGCUAGAGCAUUCUCACCUGCCUUGCGCGAAGUCCGUAUCCUCUGCUCUCAGUCGGGUACCGCCUCCGCCGGUACACGGCAAUUCAUCCAGACGAACUACUCUACCAUUAAACAACACAACCCAGACCUGCCAAUCCUGAUUAGGGAAGCGAAGGAUACGCCAGCACGGGCAUUUGCACGUUAUGAGCUUGGUGUGGAGAAGCAUGUAGAGUUGGACGGCCUUUCGUCCAAAGAUGUAGAGUCGAAGAUUUCGACGCUGUUCGCAUAGGUGGCGGAGUAUUGCACGCAAUAUAUAAUUCUGGGGCAUGAACAUUCUGGAGCCA